GUCGGUCUAUGAGGGAGGAGGGGGCUGUGUGGUCGUGGCAGCAGAGCUUUGAAGAUCAGUCAUCAGAGCGCAGGGGCCCGGGGACGGAGUCAGAGAGAGCAGCCAGGCAAAAUGCUCGUAUGUGGCGAGCGGAGCUGAAAUCUGUACGCGCAACUGGAUAAAAGGGAGAAAAAGUGGGGUCCGGAUGGAGCUUAAAAUAACAGGAAUAUCACAUGCUGGGUGUUUUCUCUUGAAUGGAUUACCAAAGGAAUAUGACAUUCAGUCGGAUUGCCCCAUUCAUGAGUGAAUUCGGACACACAAGGUAACAUCUCCACUAGAGUGAAACAGGAAGUGUCGUCUGUGAGCAGCCAUGGGCCAGAGAGCUGCGCUUCUGCUCAGUGAGCUGCUGCUGCUGCUGCUGACAGCCUCACGCACUCUCCUCGCAGUCAGCUUCCCAGAGGACACCGUACCCCUCGAUGUCGUUGACGCACACUUUUCGCGGAGGUACCCUGUGUUCAGAGGCAGGCCCUCUGGCAACGAGUCACAGCACCGCCUUGACUUUCAGCUGAUGACCAAGAUACAGGACACUCUGUUCAUCGCUGGCAGAGAUCAGGUGUACCUGGUCAGUCUGAGAGAAUCCUACAGGAAUGAGAUCAUUCCUUACCGGAAGCUAACAUGGCGAUCGGGCCAAGCUGACAGAGACAUGUGUGCCGUCAAGGGAAAACACAGAGACGAGUGCCACAAUUUCAUCAAAGUGCUGGUUCCCAGAAACGAUGACCUGGUGUUCAUCUGCGGUACAAACGGUUUCAACCCCAUGUGCAGAUACUACAGGCUGGAUAACCUCGAAUUUGAUGGGGAGGAGAUCAAUGGUCUGGCACGAUGCCCAUUUGACUCCAAGCAAACCAACGUUGCCCUUUUCGCUGAGGGGAAGCUGUAUUCUGCAACUGUAGCUGACUUCCAAGCCAGCGAUUCUGUCAUCUAUCGCAGCAUGGGUGAUGGAUCAGCCCUGAGGACCAUCAAAUAUGACUCCAAAUGGCUGAAAGAACCUCAUUUCCUGCACGCAGCAGAGUAUGGGAAUUAUGUGUACUUUUUCUACCGAGAGAUUGCGGUGGAGCACAGCAAUCUGGGCAAGGUUGUGUAUUCUCGUGUGGCCCGAAUCUGUAAGAAUGACGUCGGUGGGUCGCAGCGGGUGCUGGAGAAGCACUGGACAUCUUUUGUGAAAGCAAGGUUGAAUUGCUCGGUGCCCGGGGAGUCCUUCUUCUACUUUGACGUGCUUCAGUCCAUUACUGACAUCAUCCACAUCAACGGAGUUCCCUCGGUGGUGGGUGUGUUCACCACGCAGAUGAACAGUAUCCCAGGGUCAGCAGUGUGUGCCUUCUCCAUGGCCGACAUCGAGAAAGUAUUCUGGGGCCGCUUCAAAGAGCAGAAGACUCCUGACUCAGUAUGGACUCCGUUUCCAGAGGAGAAGCUCCCCAAACCUCGACCCGGGUGCUGUGCAGGUCAUGGUCCAGCUGCGUCCUUAAAGAGCUCCAUCGAGUUCCCGGACGAUACCCUGCAGUUCAUCAAGUCCCACCCCCUCAUGGACACAGCUGUGCCUUCUAUUGGGGACGAGCCGUGGUUCACCAAGACUCGCGUCAGGUACAGACUGACAGCGCUGGCUGUGGACAAUGAAGCAGGACCUCACAAGAACUACACAGUGGUGUUCAUCGGGGCUGAGUCGGGGGUUGUCCUCAAGGUUUUGGCCAAGACCUCGACUGUGUCUCUGAACGACAGCCUGCUUCUAGAGGAGAUAGAUGUCUUCAACAGGGCCAAGUGCCUGUCUAACCGAGAGGAUGACAAGCGUGUCCUCUCGCUGCACGUGGACAAAGACGCACACAGCCUGUAUGUCGCCUUUUCAAGCUGCGUCAUCCGUAUUCCCCUGAGUCGCUGUGAAAGGCAUUCUUCCUGCCACAAGUCCUGCAUUGCAUCAAGAGACCCCUACUGUGGCUGGAAACCUCAUGGGGCCUGUGAGAGGAUACUGCCUGGUGUUCUGACUGGAUAUGAGCAGGACGUUGAAUUUGGAAACACCGCUCACCUGGGAGACUGUCACGCAUUUUUGGGCACUACAUCAGCGCCAGAUUACAAAUCAUUUGGCGACCCUACCUCUGACAUGGAGUUUUCAUCAGCGCCAGUCACUGUCCACCCCAGUGGGCCCAUACACCCCCCAGUACUCAUACCCACUCAGAGCCCCAGCUCUGGGCCUGGUCCAGAGCUCUACGGCUCAGGCUUUGUGCUGCAGGAUGACCCAGCCACCUCCCAUUCUUUAGACUCAAUCCCAGGGGGCCAAGAGGGUGUGUGGGAUAUCCAAGCAGGUGAGACCAACCAGAUGGUCCACAUGAACAUCCUCAUCACCUGCGUGUUUGCUGCUUUUCUCAUGGGUGCUCUCCUGGCUGGUCUGAUUGUGUUCUGCUAUCGAGACUCAUUCCUCCGUAAGCCGAGGCAUGUCCACAAGGAUGCAGAGUCUGCGCCAUCAUGCUCCGACUCUACUGGAAGCUUUGUCAAGCUAAACGGCCUCUUUGACAGCCCUGUAAAGGAGUACCAGACCAACAUUGAUGCUCCCAAGCUGUACACCAAUCUGCUGAGCAACAGCAAAGACCUGAGUUCACCCAACGGAGACACCAAGACCAUGAUCCUGCGGGAUGGCUGUCAGCCUCCAGAGCUGGCUGCCCUGCCUACACCAGAGUCUACCCCGGUGCUUCAGCAGAAAAGCCUGCAGCCCAUCAAAAACCAGUGGGAGAGGGCGCACGGCAAGGCCAGCGGGCCUCGUAAGGAGCCAAACUCAUCAGCCAAGAGUCCUCAGUUCCUUCCUUCUUCUCCUGCUCCUCCUAACUCCACCCACCCUCACCUGGCCUUGGGACACUCCCACAUCCCUAGUGCGGUUGUCCUGCCCAAUGCCACACAUGACCACCCUAACCUUGACAACGGAGAUGAUACACUUCCACACUCGUCUGAAAGGAAGCUGAAGAACCCAGAUUCUAAGGGAAGUAGGAAAGACCCAAAAAGGUCUGUGGAUGCCAGAAAUACCCUAAAUGACCUUUUAAAACACCUUAAUGACUCAGUGGCCAACCCUAAGGCCAUUCUUCAAGAGGGACCGGGGCCUCGCCCGAGGCAGCAGCUCACACUGGAGCCUAUGGAGGAACUGACUGAAUUACCCCCCAAGGUGCCCAGCCGUGAGGCUUCCCUGUACUCUCCCUCCACCUCCCUGCCGAGGCACAGCCCCACCAAGAGGGUUGAUGUGCCCAUGCCCACCACUCCCACAACACCAACGGGCAGCAUGGGGGGCACCCUGGAGAGGCAAAGAGGGGGGUAUCAACUCCACCGGAGUGCCUCUCACAGGCACUCCUUAUCCACCUCACCAAAUGGGGUAACCAUGGGGGUGUCUGUGUCUCGCCAACACAGUAUGAACAGAGGAGGCUACAUGCCCCCAACACCCCCCUCCAGACUUGACUCACAAGGCGGAGUGAUGGGGGCAGGAAUGCACUCAGCCCACCCAUCCUCUGUGUCCCGACAGAGCAGCUACAGUGGAUAUGGCUCACUCCCUCGCACAGGGCUUAAACGGACCCCAUCGCUAAAGCCAGAUGUGCCCCCUAAACCCAAUGGGUUUUCACCACAGACUCCACAGAUGCGAGUGGUAAAUAAGUACAGUUAUUAAAAGAGCAUGGACACUUUGGAGUGAGCUCUUGGCCUUGACUGGAGAGCUUUGAGCCCUGAGGGCUUAGGUGGGGGGUACGGAUGGGGUAGGGCCUAGUGUGUGUUUGUGUAUCAACUUGAGGUGUGUUCCCCCUUUAAAUGAUAUGCACAUUCACUCACACUAAAAAGGGAAAUUCACACAUGUGGCCAAAGAUACUCCUUGGGGCUUUUUCGCUCCCAACGUCUCUAUUUCCCCUCCAUUGUCACGGUAGCCACAGGAUAUGAAAAGUGGACAGUGGUGAAUCUGCUGCUUCCCAUUGUAUCUGGGCUUCGGUGUUGCCCGUUCCCAUAUUAGGUACGAGGUUUAGGACACCAGCCGGGGCCGCUAUGGCGUGUGUGUGUGGUGCCAGAUUAAAAACAGUGGAAUACUUGAAGAAUGGGUCUCGUUUGUCACUGCCCUUGAGCACUGUUUUCCCACUAAUGUGAACUGAACAAAGAGGAGAGGUAGGCCAUGCCUUGGUAAUAAGAUGGCCGGGGGCAGGGGAGAGGAAACUCAAAAAUCAUAAGUAUGCGUGUUGCUUAUGACCGCUGACAGCUGAAUCAAGCAGCAAGCGAACAGAGAAAAAGAGUGAACAUUAAUGCGUGUGUGUGUGUGUUGGCUGAUUGGAAAGCAGAUUUGUGUCAGGCUGUACACUUGUACACCGUCUCUCAUUUCAAUAAUAUAAUCACAUCUUUGGUGCAAUUUGAACCCAUUUGAACUUAGUCUAAACCCAUAUUUUUGUGUCAUUCUGUAGUGUUUUUAGGUUAGACUGAGGUUAAGUUGGUCAUGCUGGGUGUAUACUGGGACAGGAACUCUGUAACUCACUGGGAAAUUUUACUUAGUACAUUUGCUGCUAUUGGUUUUAGACGUAGGCGUUUGUCUUUGAUGCAUUUAUUUCUCAACCAGACUGGGUUAACUCUUGAAAGAUGUGGCGUGCACAUCUGCUUGUGUGUGAGUGUGUGUGUGUGUGUUGCAGACAGAGGCCAAGAAUUAGAAGUUUGAGCAACCAAACGCACUGUUAAAACUGGUACAUGGGAGAAAAAAAAAGCUUCUCUCCUGGACUAAAACCUCCCCUAACCUCCACUGCCCCUCUGUAGGAGUUAUACUGGUGGUUUAAGAGACUUCUUUCUUUAUGUAGCAAUGGUAUUAAGAAAAAAUAUGUCUCAUCUCAUCUUAUAAAUGAGUUUUGAACAAAAAUGAUUCGCCUUUAUAAUGUUUUACUGUGUUAUUUAAAGAAUUUACCAUAUGAAACUAAAGCAACACCAAUGGUUUAGCCCAUGUGUAUGAAUUCAACAUUUCAGGGCACUUCUGUUCCGUUAACCUUGUGUGUCCCCUAAUACAAGAACAAUAGAGUUUUCCUUCUACAUUAAUCCUAUUAAAAAGGCAUAUUAAACUGACCCUAGAACAAUACAUGGAUGUAACACCUCUGUCAUCUGCCGUGCUGGUUCUGCAGCCCGUGUUCCCCUGUGCAGCUUCCCCUGCAAGUGGCCAGUGUACAAUCAACACAACACUUUACCAAUGUGUCCAAAUGAGUCAUGCUGGGAAUGACAAGAUCCUGUAAAUACUUAAAUACUAUAAAUAAGGAGUAUAAAUAUUUUUAGGCAAGUGAACCUGAAUCUGUGCAUUGUGUGCCUUAUUCGCAAAAUGAACUACUACAGUAUACAAUAUUGGCAAUGUCGAUUGGUCCUCUGUAUGUUAUUGUCAUAUGCUAUAUAAACAUUUUUUUUUAUAUGAGCAAUUUGAAAAUCAGCAGGAUGUGUUGGGAAAUUGCUACCUAAUCCGAACCGAAGUGAAAAGAAUUUGACUGGAGGGUAUUCCGCUUGUGGAUGGUGGUCGUACAAAAGGACAGUUAAAAAAAUAUUUGGGGUUUGAAUCAAUUUUUCUCUUUUACUGCCGGUGUUGAAAAGAAUGGUGUUAAUCCACCCCAUAGAGGUGCCAUGCAGUGAAUGUAUUUUCUUGACAGUGGGAUGUAGGGUGGUUAGACCUUGCACUGUGGAGCAGUCGGCUCAACGCAGCACAUCCUGCCCACAGCCAAUGUAUUAACACAGUGUUCACAUGAAAGCCGUCUGUUGGCAUGGGCGGCGGUCACACAGUGUCCGUAAUUCCCCAGGAUUGCAGUGACAGGAAUCGCUUCUAUUGGCCAGCGGUGACGACUGAGGGAUCAUUUCUCUCGGGUACAUUAUUUGGGUGACAUCUGCAAUCCCAUUCAAGAGUCAGUUGCCUGUUUAGCCCAAAGCCACAUUUUGUUUACAAGUGAUGAUUGUAUGUAAAGAUGUUUCUGCCUGUCAUCUAACCAGUGUUUGGGCUCUCUUUUCUACUCGACACAUGCACACUGACAUCGCAAACAUACACUCAACAUACACUGCUCAACUGCCUUGUACAUUGCAAUAUGAACUGGGUCUUUCUGUUGCAAUCUAGAUUGAAGCCUUUAUAUUUCAGUCUGAGCUCCGUGUAUGUGCAGAUGAACCAGAUUUUGUCAUGUAAUUUUGAUUUUAAAUACUGUGCGACAUGGCGAUGCCAGGCCAGCUGUAUAUACGAUCUCCAGAGUAUUUGAGCGUGUAGAUAUGUUGUAAAGUUGUACUGUGAAUGUGUAAAUAAUAAUGAUGGUCUUUGUUUCAUGAUAUUUUUUGUU